CUGAAAAAAAACGUUUAGCUAAGAGAAACGUGAACAAUCGUUAAGUCGUUUAAGAGAGUGAGUUUAAUGUUUUACGUCACAGUUUUUAAGUUUAUCAACGAAUUGAAGGUGGAUAAUUAAUAUUACACAUCAGUUGAAUAAUUUCAUUUCAGAUAUUUUUUAAAAUUAUGUCGGAUCAAAAAGAAUCUAUUAAUCUACAAGAAAAGAGUAACACUAAUCUUAAAAUAUAUAAAGAAGAUUCUAGGAAAAUUGCUGUUGAACUGAAUCUGGAAGACAAAACAAGAAUUGACAGUAAAUCUAAGCCAGACAAAGGAACAUUAAGAAAUGAUAAAGAGUCUGAUAAAAUUGAAAUUGAACAAAAACUCAAAGAGCAAGCUUUUUCUGACAAAACUUUGAAGCAAGAUGAUGAAACAGGCAAUAAAGAGUCUGUAAAAAUUGGUGAUACUGAACAAAAACGUGAAGAGCAAGAUUUUUCUGACAAGACAUCUAUGCAAGAUGAUGAAACAGGCAAUAAAGAAUCUGUAGAAAUUGGUGAUACUGAACAAAAACGUGAAGAGCAAGAUUUUUCUGACAAGACAUCUAUGCAAGAUGAUGAAACAGGCAAUAAAGAAUCUGUAGAAAUUGGUGAUACUGAACAAAAACGUGAAGAGCAAGAUUUUUCUGACAAGACAUCUAUGCAAGAUAAUGAAACAGACAAUAAAGGGUCUGCAAUAAUUGGUGAAACUGAACAAAAACUCAAUGAGCAAGCUUUUUCUGACAAAACUUUGAAGCAAGAUGAUGAAACAGGCAAUAAAGAGUCUGUAAAAAUUGGUGAAACUGAACAAAAACUCAAUGAGCAAGCUUUUUCUGACAAAACUUUGAAGCAAGAUGAUGAAACAGGCAAUAAAGAGUCUGUAAAAAUUGGUGAAACUGAACAAAAACUCAAUGAGCAAGCUUUUUCUGACAAAACUUUGAAGCAAGAUGAUGAAACAGGCAAUAAAGAGUCUGUAAAAAUUGGUGAAACUGAACAAAAACUCAAUGAGCAAGCUUUUUCUGACAAAACUUUGAAGCAAGAUGAUGAAACAGGCAAUAAAAAGUCUGUAAAAAUUGAUGGUGAACUGAUACCCGAAGACAAAAUAUUUAUAGACAAUAAACCUAGAGCAGAGGAUGGAGAAUCGAUUGCUCUUAAAAUUAACAUCCAAGAAUCUGGUGAAAGUACACCCAACCUAUCACUUGAAAAUAAAGAGUUGGUUGAUAAUAAAGAAUCUGUUGAAAGAAUUAAUAAAAAUUUGCUAGAAGACAAAACGUGCAUUUACAAUAAACCUGAUUCAGAAAAUGGACUACCGCCAACUACUACUGUUGAGAAACAUGUCAAUGAAAUGUUGCCAUAUAUCCUUAUACCAUUGGAAGAGACUGUAAGCAAUAGAAAGCGUUACCAAAAUCAGAACGAAACGUCAAACGAAUAUGAAAAUUCUUUUUUUAAGAAAAUAAAAUUUGAAGUUACAAAUGAUAAUCAGUUUCAAGAGAUGUGGAAGAGUCUUCAACAAAACUCUUCAAAUUUUGAUGGAUGGGUUAAUAUAUUACAUGUGGUUAAUUGCCAAAAUAUUGUAGUUAACGCUAGAAUGGCUUACUCUAAAUUUUUAGAACUAUAUCCACUUUGUUACGGUUAUUGGAAAAAAUAUGCUAAUUUUGAAAAAAGAAAUAAUAAUUUACCAGAGUUUAAAAAAGUAUUAGAAAAUGGUUUAAAUGCCAUUCCUAGAAGUGUUGACUUAUGGAUUUAUUACAUGUCAUAUCUUAGAUUGGAACGUAGUAAUGAAAAGGAGCAUAUUCGUUAUCAGUUCGAAAGAAGUUUGAAAAUGUGUGGAUUUGAUUAUCGUUCUGAUCAGCUAUGGCAUGAUUACAUAUCAUGGGAAGUAGAGAAAAAUGAAUUAUCUAAUGCAGUUAAUUUAUACUAUCGUCUUCUUCGUGUACCAACUUCGAACUAUUUAAAAAAUUUCUUCAAAUUUCAAGAGUUUAUAUUCAAAAAAUUACCAGAAAAAUAUUUAGGUCUACCAGAUUUUCUCGAAAGACGAAGUUUAAUAAUUACAGAACUUGAACAAAGCAAUAGUAGAGAGUCGUUGGGUGAAGAUUCUAUACCACCCGGUGAAGAUUCGACACAGAUAGCUGAAAUUACCGAAAUUAGUAUAGUGUCUGCAUUAAGGAUUCAGAUUAUUGAAUUAUGGUACAGUAUUCACAAGGAAACUGCUAAAGAAUUUGAAAGUAGACAAAUAUUUGAGGAAAAUAUACGAAGAAAUCACUUUCAUGUAAAGGAGUUGGAGUCUGAUCAGGUAAAAAAUUGGGAAAACUAUAUUAAGUUCGAGAGAAAAGAGGGAAACCAUGAACGCAUUAUUUUUCUCUAUGAAAGAUGUUUGAUAACUUGUGCUUCAAAGGAAGGACUUUGGUUAAAUUAUUUGGAAUAUUUAUCUUCUGAAAAUUUUAGUGAUACUAAUUUGUUAGUUGACGUAUUCAAAAGAUCAUUAUUCCAUCAUCCAAAGUCACUCUCACUAAAUUUAAAAUAUUUUGAUUUUUCCGAGAAGAAAGGUUGGAUUGAAAAAGCUAUUGAAACAAUAACACAAAUUGGGUUCAUUUAUCCAAAUGCAAAGGAUGUUGUUAUUAGAAUGAUAAAUUUAGCUAGAAGAAAGCAAGAUGGGACCUUAAAAACUUUAUUUGAGCAUCAUUUAAAAUGUCCUCAUUCAAAGUCUUUUUCCAGUUAUAUUGCUGUAAAAUAUGCACGUUUCGUUUGGAAACACGAUUGUCAGUUAAAUCUUGCGUUUGAUAUUAUAAAUGAUACCAUACAAAAUAAUAGCAUCAGUGUCAAUGAUAAUCUUGAGAUUUAUUUAAUGUAUGUUGAAUUGCAAAUGGAAUUAAAUCCAAAAGAUCAUGUAUUGGUUAUAAAAACAAUUGAUGAUAUAAUAUUGGAAUGUCAAAUAAAUAAGCAAAAACUUAUAUUUUCAAAAAAAAAAGUGGAAUACAUCGAAGAUUAUAUUCAAGACUAUGAAAUAUUACGUUUAGCUAAGAUUGAAUACAAGAAUUUAAAAAGUUUAAAUUCUAAAAAGAAAAGGUCAAUACAUUUAAGUAUUUCAAUGGAAUAAUAACAUGGAAAACCAGCUAAUUCACACCUAUAUAUCUCAUAAUUUAUUAAGCACUUAUCUAAAUUUCUAGAAAAUUAAUUGAUUUACAAAAAAUCAUUUACCAUGUACCUGGUUAAAAAAUAUUAGGUAAAAAAUAUUAUUAAUGAAACAUUUUAUUGUUUACUAAUUAUAUAUAAUUAUUAUGUUACUGUCAAAGUGAAUAACUCGAGCAUUUUAACACAAAUGCAUUUAAAAAAAAAAUACAUAAUAAAUACAUUAUAUUUGGGAAAAGCUGAUAUUGCAUACUGUCCCCAGUUGGACGCAAUGCAAUUUUUUUUUUUAUUAUCUAUAUUAGUAGAAUUCUUUUAAACACAUGUCUCUAUAAUAAUAAGAUUAUCAAUUAUGUUUUUUAACUUUGGUUUCAAAGUAAUGUCUGUAUUAUAAUACUGUGUUUGACGUUGAUAUCUUAUAAUAUAGUGAAAAUGAUAAUUUACAUGCAUAUUGCAUUUUUAUUGGGAUAUGACAAAUGUAUUACGAAUAACAAUGAUCAACUUUAGACCAGUUAAAAGUGUUUAAACUACAUAAUUCAACUGAUUGGUCUUGAUUCUUCUGUUUUGUCUCAUAAUUUUUUAAAAUUGUAUGAAAAAUUAAAUAUUCUUUUGAAUAGAAUAAUUCAAAUAUUGUGUCUGGGUCAAGUUGAAACACAAUGAAAUAUUAUUUUUUAUUAUUGUUUUAUACUAACUGAUCAUGCAGUGUUGGUAGCGAAAAAUUAAAUAACUGUUAAAUGUAUCCUUUCUUAAGUUCCGUUAAAUUUACAAUGCCUGUGCAAAGUGAAUGAUUAUUCACAUUAUAUCCAUUAAAAUUUAACACUGUACUACAAUGCCCAAAAAUACACUUUGACUAUUUUUACACUUUGAUUAUAACAUUUAUUUACAAGCAUAUUACCUUUAUUUAAAAGUUAUUUAGAGAUUUUAUUAUUAUUUAUAUGAUUAUAUAUAUAAGUAUGUACAUUAUAUUAAGUGUGCUAAUUAACAUAUACCUACAAUUUAAUUAAUAAUUUAAU